GCAAGAUUGAGAAGACGGGGACUUCAUUGUAACUUCAGCUAGUGUGGGAAUUGAACCAUGCUGUUGGUGUCACUCUACAAUGCAAACCAGAUGUCCAACCAACUGAACACUUAUGAAAAGAUAGACACAUUGAAUAAUAACUCUGAAUAAGGAUUGGAUAAUCACUUGACAGGAGCCAGCUGCACUGUGAGGGAAAAGUGCUGAACAGCGGGACUUAUUGGAUAGCUGUACCAAAGAGUCAGCCCAGACUCAAUGGAUCGAAUGACUAGUCAUCAUUCUAUGGUUUUAACAGUUCUUUGUAUAAGUGAAGCAGACAUGCCAGUCCCUAUAUCUCAAAGCAUGAAUGGACUGAAUCCCGAUACAGCUUAUAUUGUAAAGUGAGUACGUAUGUGCUCAGACCGACUCCGACUCAUAAAAGAAUGUAUUAAUCAGUGCCCAACAGCGUACAAACAGUCCAAAAAGCUCUUGAUUCUUGCUGAUUUACUGAGAGUAGCAGGGCAGGAUAAGGUACAGAGGAAAGGAGAGGUAUUGGUUCUCCUGGCUGAACAAGCCCUUCAGUAUGAAGAUUACAAAGCGAGCAGUAUUCAUUGCCAGGAGCUUAUGUCUGCAGGUUACAGCGCUGGUUGGCAGGUGUGCAGCAAACUGGGGCAGUCAGAUGGCUAUCAUGACCUGACAAUUCGGCAGGAAUUAAUGGCCUUUGCUCGCACCUACUGCCCUCCCAAUGUUAUCCAGUCUCUGCUAGCUGUCAGCAGCUCACUUCAAACACAGAUUUUGUAUCAAGCUGUAAAUUAUCAGAUUGAGCCAUCAGAGAGCAGCGAGUCUAUAAAUUCUACGGGCAAUGGUCAGCAGAUUGAAAUGAAAGUUCCAAAUAAUUCAUCUGAUCUACUCCAUCGGACAACUGCAAAGACCAUGGAGGUUCUUAGUAGUACUUCUAUGACAACUAAGGCAGUGUUGCAUGCUGUCAGUGAUGCACAGUGGUGGAAGAGAUCCCUCAGCUAUCUGCGCCCUUUACAUGACCAAGGACCAGAAGCUACCUUAAGAGGUGAGGCUGGUGUAAAUGGAGAUCUUGAAAAGCAAGGCUGUCAUCCCUUUUAUGAGAUCCUCAUUGAUGAUGCUUUCGUUGACAAAAAUGAAGUAAACUACUCUAGUUAUCAACACAGUGCUCUGGAGAACUUUGCAGAAGUCUUGCUGAGAGCUGGAAAAUUAUCUGAAACCAAAAGUGAAGGGGAAAACCUAUUUCCUGCCACAGAAGUUCUUUUGCAGCUAGCCAGUGAUGCUCUACCCAAAGAUAUGACCUUAGCCCUAGCCUACCUUCUGGCCUUGCCUCAGACUGUGGAUGCUACUAAGUGCUUUGAGAAGCAACCUCAUUCAGCUUUGUCUCUCCAGUUUGCUGGAUACUAUUAUGCCUUACAGAUCUACAUUCACUUAAGUCCGUGUUUUAAGGAAAAGUGCCACUCCAUAUACAGGGCUGAUCCCAAAGAGGUAAUUAAUCUGGUCACGAAAUAUGUGACUGAAAAUACAGAGAUCACUUGGCCAGAAGAAGUGCAGAUGCUGAUUCAUCACCUUUGCUAUUACAAUGAGUUGUUGACGGACUUCACACAAGCUCAGACGCUUCAAGGCCUUGGCAAAGGUGUGGAUGUCCAGCGAUUCGCAACAGAUAGCCAGUAUAAAAGGGAGACAAUUCUGGGGUUAGCAGAAACCUUAGAGGAAAAUGUGUACAAAAUAUCUCUGUCUUUGGCACAUCGUUACAAUAUCCCACUCUGGGAAGUUUACAUGACACAUCUGGAAUUCCUUUUCACUGAUAGUGGGCUGUCAACGACAGAAAUUGAAAACAGAGUCCGAAAUCUUGAUCUUUUUGAUGUCCUGAAAACCGACCAAGAAGCUUUUCAUGAGCACAUGACAAAAUACGUUUAUCCUGGCAUUGAUGGUGUGGAUCAUGUCCGAUUGCUUUAUUAUUAUACUCUGCUGGAAAACUGCGGCUGUGCUGAAUUUGUGAAAAAACCCAUCAAACCAGACACUAACAUAAAACUUCUAAAAAAGCUCAAGGUCAUUACACCAGCACAGAAGGUUUAUGGAUGUAAUUUACCUGAGGAACAUGGACAAGCCAGUUGUUUUGUUCGCUUGCUUAGUGCGAUGGAUUCUAUCCACUUACUGAGAAGAGACUGUGAACUCCAAGCACUAAUUGAUUGUGUCAGCACUUCAGAAUUCAGGGGUUUCCGACUUGAGUUGGGCCAGUGGCUAACCAGUGAGACAUGA